UACCUUGGGGGAUCAUUUUCCACGUGUAGUAGUGACGAGUGGUAUAUAUAGCGUCCCACCUCUCCCAGCUCUCUCAUCUCCUGUCUUCCAAUCUGUCUGUGUGGGGAAGCUUCAACUGGGUGUUCAUCAUGACUGUCAGGAAGAGGAAGCUGAAACUGUUAUCUGAAACAGCGUCAACUGGUACAGGAAGAGCUAGAUUCAGGAAGAAUGAGAAUUUGGAGCUUCAAACCUGGUCAGAGCUCCCCAUAGAACUUGUGGAAAUCAUUGCAUCUCGUUUAUCUCUAGAAGAUAAUAUUCGAGCAUCUGCUGUAUGCAAGAGAUGGCAUUCAGCUGCCGUUUCUGUGCGGGUAGUCAACCGAGCACCCCUACUGAUGUACUUUCCAAAAUAUGGUAGCCUGUUUGAAUUCUAUGAUCCAUCACAGCGCAAAAUCCACUUUGUGGAGAUUCCUCAGCUGAUUGGGUCUAGGGUUUGCUACACCAAAGAUGGUUGGUUGUUGCUAUACAGACCCAAAACUUUCCGUGUGUUCUUUUUCAAUCCUUUUACUCAGGAGGUGGUCAAGUUACCAAGAUUUGAGUUGAAUUAUCAGAUUGUUGCGUUCUCUUGUGCCCCAACUUCUACAAGCUGCAUGGUUUUUACCAUAAAACAUGUCAAUCCCACAGUUGUUGCUAUUAGCACUUGUCAUCCUGGGGCAGAACAGUGGACUACUGUUCAGUAUCAAAACCGUUUGCCCUUUGUGAGUAGCAUUUGGAACAAGCUUGUUUUCUGUAAUGACCUCUUCUAUUGUCAAAGCCUCACAGGUUGGGUGGGUGUAUUCAACCCACAUGAACGAACUUGGAGUGUCCUUUCAGUUCCUCCUCCGAAAUGCCCUGAGAAAUUUUUCGCUAAAAGUUGGUGGAAAGGUAAGUUUAUGACUGAGAAGGAUGGAGAUAUAUUAGUUAUAUAUACAUGUUCUACUGAAAACCCAAUUGCAUUCAAGUUGGACCAGAGGAACAUGGCUUGGGAAGAGCUGAAAACCCUAGAUGGUGCGACUGUUUUUGCUAGUUUCUUGACAACUCAUACAAACAUUGACCUCCCUGCAAUAAAGAGAAACAGUAUUUACUUCUCUAAAGUUCGUUUUUAUGGAAGGCAGUGCAUAUCAUACUCACUUGUAGAUGGUAGAUAUCAUCCUCGCAAUGAGUGCCAUGACUGGGGAGAGCAAGAUCCUUUCAAGACCAUUUGGAUUGAACCACCUGAAGACUUCUCAGGCUUCAACUAACGCAGACUCUCAAGCUUCAAUGAAUAAAGAGUUCUCAAGCUUCAAGCAAUCAAGUUUCUAAUAGAAAGUUCAGUAUGCUAGUUUUAUUGGAUGUUGUGCUGUAGAUGGUUUAUGCAACUCUUGUUUGUUGUACUCGUUUGAGAACUUGUUUUAAACUUCUGUUUCUUUGUGUACUAGUUAUCUCAGAGUUAUAUAAUCUAUGCAACACAGUUUUAUAUCCUUGUCUUA